CCUUCUUUGCAUCUUCGACCAGUCUCGUCCACCAUGGCUCGCCAACUUUCUCUCGCGGCGGCGCUUCUCGCAACUCAGGUAGCUGCUCACGGUUAUAUCAAUACCUUCACCCUAGACGGUGUCGACUACGAGGGCUUCAGCCGCUGGAACCCUUCUCCCGACCCCAACGCCAUCGGCUGGAGCUUCAGCACCCCGGAUGAGGGCCCGGAGCUGGACAUUAGCUCCCCCAACUUCGUCUGCCGCCGCGACUCGGAGCCUUCCCGCAACUACGGCACGAUCGCGGCCGGAGGCACUGCCUCGUUCUUCUGGACCUCGGACGACAAGGUCAUCAACCCCAACGGGUGGGCAGAGUCGCAUCGGGGACCGAUCCUCACGUACAUUGCGCCGUGCAACGGCGACUGCGCCAACGUCGACAAGACAUCCCUGCGGUGGACCAAGAUCGCCGAGUCCGGCCUGGUCUCGGGACCCGCCAACACGCAGGGCAUCUGGGCCACCGACGUGAUGCGCGAGAACGGCGGCAUCAACUCGGCCACCAUCCCCAAGUCGAUUGCGCCGGGCAAGUACGUGAUCCGCAACGAGAUCAUCGCACUGCACCGGGCCCACAUCAACGAGCCGGAGUUCUACAUGCAGUGCGGCAACAUCGAAGUCACGGGGGACGGCACCGACGACUUGUCGGGCUCCGGGGUUCCGGCGACCGAGCUCUACAGCAGAAGCGAUUCCCAGAUGUUCGGCUUCUCGGUCUACGACAGCCGUGACAACGAAUGGCCGAUUCCCGGCCCGGCCCUUUAUCAGUCGGUGCAGUCGCAGGAGUCGCAACAGUCGCAGCCCUCGCCGUCUAAGGAGUCGCAGCAGUCGCGGCCGUCGCCGUCGCAACAGUCGCAACGGGGCAGGCCGACUGGUGGUGCCUCGUGCCGAGGCGAAUAA